AUGACAACAAAAAGUUCAAGUAAAACGUAUGGUACAUUUAAUAAAGACAUGUCUUAUAAAUUAGCUACUCAAUCUACUUCCACGGAAGUCCGCGAUGGUUACACGGAACAACAACAGCAACAAUACAGAAAAUAUCUGCAACAACUCAAAAACGAAUUCGAUCAAAGAUGGUGUAAGAAACAAAACUUUAGCAUUGUAUUUUCAGACUUAGAACGUGUCCGAACGCUCGGCACUGGGGCUUUCGGAAGAGUUGUUUUAUUAAAAUAUUCUAAAACCCAAAAAUUCUAUGCUAUGAAGGUUUUAGAAAAAGAAAAAGUUAUAAAGAUGAAACAAGUCGAUCACACGCUCUACGAGAAACGAAUUCUUGAAGCGAUCCGAUUUCCUUUUACUGUUUCAAUGGAAUUCAGUUUUAAAGAUAAUAGUUAUAUUUAUUUCGUUAUGCCAUUCGUACCUGGAGGAGAAAUGUUUAGUCACCUGCGGCGAAUGGGAAAGUUUGAGGAACCGUUAGCGAAAUUUUAUGCAAGUCAAGUCAUUUUAGCUUUAGAAUACCUUCAUUUUAUAAACUUAGUAUAUCGAGAUUUAAAACCAGAAAAUAUAUUGAUAGAUAGAAACGGAUACCUAAAGAUAACCGAUUUUGGAUUUUGUAAAGUAUUACAGGGAAGGACUUGGACUUUAUGUGGAACACCAGAAUAUUUAGCUCCGGAGUUAAUUUUAAGCAAAGGAUAUGGUUUCUCCGUAGACUGGUGGUCAUUUGGUGUUUUAUUAUAUGAAAUUAAUGCAGGUUAUCCUCCGUUUUAUGCAAAUGAUCCAAUGAAAACGUAUGAAAAAAUUGUUGCUGGAAAAUACCGUUGUCCUUCGAGUUUCAAUGCUGAUUUACGCGAUAUUGUUCGCAAUACACUUCAAGUUGACAUAACCAAGAGAUUUGGAGUAAUGAGAAAUGGUGUAAUGGAUUUUAAAAACCACAGAUGGUUCAAGGGAAUAGAAUGGGAAGCGAUUCUAAACUGUCGCUGGACACCACCAUAUAUACCAAAAUGCAAGCACCCUGGAGAUUCAACAAAUUUCGAACGCUACGAUGAAGAGGCAAUAAAACCAUCUUCACACUGUCGAUUUGAAUCUGAAUUUCUUGACUUUUAG